AUUUAACAUUCAACAAAAUUUUGAAAAGAUUACUUUUAUACAAACAUACAUCAAGAAUGAAAGACUGAGUAUGACGUAAAAAAUAUCCCAGGUUCAAUUUUCCCAAAAAUAUACAUAACUAUUUAAUUCACUGGUGUAGAUUUCAAUUAGUAAAAAAUGCCAGAUUCUCAAGAAUCAGGACAAUUAACUCCAGAACACUGGCAUUACUUAACAAAAUAUUUUGUUGGGAACAACUUUAGGUACAGAGAAAAUAUAAUAAUACCAAAAAGUGUGGGACCUGUACAAAUCAAAACAAAUGAAGAAAAAAUGGUAGAAUCUUUCUUCGAAAGCUGUUUCUUCAAAUCCUUCAUGAGUUGUGUAGUAGGUUAUGGAUUAGGAGCAGCCAUUGGACUUUUUUCAUCCAGCAUGGGUCCAGCUUCUGUCACUGAUUCAGCAGAGCCCCAAACUGCCAAGCAGGUGUUCAAGGAAAUGAAAACUACCACUCUGGGGUAUGCGAAAAACUUUGCCUUGAUUGGAGCAUUGUUUUCAGGUGUGGAAUGCACCAUUGAGUCUGCAAGAGGUAAAUCAGAUUGGAAGAAUGGCACCUAUGCUGGGGCAGUCACAGGGGGUCUCAUUGGAUUGAGAGCUGGUGUUAAAGCUGGUGUAGUUGGAGCUAUGGGAUUCGCAGCCUUCUCCACAGCAAUUGACUAUUAUAUGCAUUCAAGAUUUUGAACACAAUUUUCAGAACAGACAAGAAAUUUUAGACAGCCUUAUCCUGCAUAAUAUUUAUUUCAGGCUUGAGUUCAGAACAAUAAUGAGGUGAGAUUAUACUGAUUUAUCAUUGGUGAAAGUCAAUUUUGCUGAACUGGAAAUAAAUAGAAUAUGUUCCAAUUUUGGCAUUCCUUUCUAUAGGAUGAUGUGAUUUUUUCUCAUUUCUAAUCUAAACUUGACCUAUCUCCUAU